GAACCUGAUUCUCACUAGUCACACGAUUAACUCCUCACCUCUUCUCGAGUCCCCACUCUCAUCGACAUCGUCGUCGUCGUCGUUGUCGAAGCUCUCUCCGCCCCCGUCAAUGGCGGUGCGCGCGAGCCUCUCCCGGUUCCCGUGGGACCCGGAGCUCCAGGAGGCGUGUGGGGUGCCUUGGGGCGUCGCCGUGACGCCGCUCGCCUUCGCCAACGAGAUCGGCCAAGCGCCGCUCCGCGGCGGCGCCGAGGGACACCGCCUCCCCCGCUGCGACAACUGCUACGGCUACUUCAACACCUACUGCGAGCUCGACCAGUGGUCGUGGACCUGCGCCCUGUGCGGCGCCCUCAACGGCCUCUCCGCGCCCUCGAUCGAUCGCUACUCCCAGGCUCAAUCGUGCCCCGAGAUGUGCUCCUCCUUCAUCGAUCUCGAGAUCCCAGCGGAAGUAUCUGAGAACGAGGGGAUCGGAGCUCGACCGGUGUAUAUUGCAGCGGUGGAUUUGUCGUCUUCGGAAGAGUUUUUAGAGCUUAUCAAAAGUGCUCUUCUAGCAGCUCUUGAAGCUUUGGCACCAGGAUCAUUGUUCGGGCUUGUUACAUUUAGCUACAAGAUAGGGCUAUAUGAUGUUCAAGGGCCAAUACCAGUUGUAAAACAUGUCUUCAUCCCUCCUGAUUCAGAUGGUGGAUUACCAGUUGACCUUGAAGAUGCCAUGCCUCUGCUUUCCUUCUUGUCUCCUGUCGAAAGUUGUAAAGAUCGAAUUGCUGCAGCACUUGAAACAUUGAAACCCACGACUUCCUGGGAGAGAACCACAGCUGCAGGGCAAGGGAUGGAUGGUGUAUUUCUUGGAGGUCGUGGUUUUGGAGCAGCAAUGAGUGCUCUUGUUAGUUACCUGAGCUCAGAAUAUGGAAAGACAUUUGCUUUGGCUAGGGUUUUUGCCUUUUUGUCUGGGCCACCUGAUUAUGGAGCUGGGCAAUUAGAUACAAGAAGAUAUGGGGAACAGUAUGCUAGUAAAGGUGUUUGCGUGGACAUAUUUGCUAUAACGAAUGAAUAUACAGAUCUGGCGUCCCUAAAAUUUCUAAGUAUUGAGAGUGGUGGGUCUUUGUUUCUUUAUUGGAGUACAGAUGAUUCAACACUUCCUCAGGAUAUAUACAGGAUGUUGAGCCGUCCGUAUGCUUUUGGCUGUGUACUGCGAUUAAGAACAUCUUCCGAUUUCAAACCUGCUAAUGCUUAUGGUCAUUUCUUUCCUGAUCCUCAGUAUGAAAAUGUUCAACACAUCAUUUGCUGUGAUUCUUUUGCUACCUACGCAUAUGACUUUGAGUUUGAAAGCAACACCGGCUUUUCAAGGCACUCUGAAUCUCCUGUGCUCCAAAUUGCAUUUCAAUAUACUACUAUGGUGCCUUAUGAGGAGACUGGCAAUGCUGGGUCAAACAGUGAUACCAGGCCUAGGUAUUCCCUGCAGAGGCGAUUAAGGAUUCGAACAUUACAAUACAGUGUAGCUUCAAGUGUGGUUGAUCUUUACAACAGUGUUGAUCCUGAAGUUGUUUCUUCUUUCCUUGUUCACAAGGUUAUUUCAGCUUCAUUGGUGCAAGGAGUGAGAGAGGGGAGAUUACUGCUCCAUGAUUGGCUAGUAAUUCUGACAGCUCAGUACAAUGAUGCAUGUAAAAUUGUUCAGUUUGACGGCGGAAACACAACUACGGUUUCCCGAGUUGAUGUCGCCUUCUCGCAAUGCCCACAGCUACAGCCUAUACCACGGCUAGUAUUUGCUUUGCUGCGGAAUCCCCUUCUUCACCUUCAUGAAGAAGGUGUUCAUCCUGAUUACCGAAUAUUUUUGCAAUGUCUAUUCAGUGUGUUGGAGCCUUCUUCACUUCAGCGAGCUAUAUACCCAGUUCUAACUUCAUAUGCUUCCCCUGAUAAACAAGCAUACCCACGACACUCACUGAGCCGUGCUGCUCUUUUAACUAGCGGGAGCCCAAUAUUCUUUCUCGAUGCAUUUACAGAUCUUAUCAUAUAUUACUCGCCCGCGGCUGAUGCUUCUCUUCCUUUUCCCCCUCCACAUGAUUGUCUUUUGCGAAGAACAAUUAAUAGGUUAAAGCAAGAGAGGAGUAUCACACCGAAGCUUACAUUCAUCCGCGGAGGGCACGACGAUGCAACGGCUUUCGAGAACUACCUCAUAGAGGAGCAGGAUGUUGAUGGGUCCGGACUACCCAGCUUGUCGUCGGGCUUUGUUUCCUUCCUCGAAGAGGUCGCCAAAAACGUAGUGGAGUACCUCAGCUGAAGCAUCACUGAACCAUCAAAAUUACACAGGGAAAGACAAGCCCUUUACUAGAGACAAAAGGUAAGUGUUUUAGUUUUUGCCCCUCGUUGGAUUUCGAUUCUCCUACCAGCAUUUGUGCUUGUUUAUUCUAUAAUGGCUUAGAGCACCUGCUGUUGUUACUUUUGAAAAUUCUUCUCUAAUUGGGUAGAAUGGUCUUUGAAAAGGUAAAAAUCUAGCGCACAGGAUAAUCAAUUUACCAAUGCCUGUUAUAUAGGAGCUGAUAUGUAGAAGAUCAAAAUGAUAACUCGUUUUGAGCUAGACCCUUUACUUUUUCUUUUUCUUUUUCUAUUUUUUUGACUGAUACCUCUCUUUUAACUAUUUUUGAAAUAGCAAAUUUGGUUAUAAUGGGCCUGAAGCUUAAUCACGGGCCGAUGGGCCUAUGGCGGCCCAUAGACGAUCUUUAGUGGGUUUUUGCGGAGCCCAACCUUCUAAUUUGAUAAGUCUAUUUUGGCGGGUGGUAAUCCAUAGAUCCAAUCUAUUCGACUAUUUCGUUCAGAAGCGUGUAUUUUAACUCCCAUCUUUCUUGAACUUCAAUAAAUAAUUUUUUGUGUAAA